CUUAAACUCUCAUCGGCGGCACUCAAGCAUGUCAACGUUCACCACAGUCGACGAGGAUACUGGCAUAAUUUCUAGCUUUCUCAGUUUACUAACACAAACCAAGGCAUAUCGUAACGAAAGGCCAGUUCUUGUUGACGGACGAUCUUUAUCCAUACCCGCAACCGUGGCUGUCGCGCGUUACGGAGUAAACCCUCAAGUCGACGGCUCAACUGAGGCCAAGGAACGCGUUCAUCAAAGCAGGCGAGUCCUCGAAGAUGCGGUACUGGUGAAAAAGAGCAUAUAUGGCGUAACAACUGGUGUCGGCGGUAGCGCAGACACACGAUCCGAUGAUGUCCUAUCCCUUGGGGUUUCCAUUCUACAGCAGAUACAAUGCGGCAUUUUAUCUAUAGACGGAGAAGGCGACAGUCUACCAAUCUCUCAUAAUGCCGCUGCCACACAAAUGCCAGAGUCUUGGGUCAGAGGUGCCCUCAUGAUGCGCAUGAAUAGUAUGAUUCGUGGCCACUCCGGUGUUCGUUGGGAUGUCCUGGAAAAGUUCUCGCUUAUGCUGAAUGCGAAUAUACUCCCUCUGGUUCCACUCCGGGGUAGUAUUUCAGCGUCUGGAGAUCUCACGCCAUUGUCCUACCUCGCUGGUGCUGCCACGGGGAACCCCUCCAUUCGUGUGAACUACGGUCCGCCUAGUGCCCGUAUCGUCAUGACAUCGAAAAAUGCCCUUGCUAUAGCAGGGAUAGAGCCUCUCGUGUUCCAAGCUAAGGAGCCGCUUUCUGUAGUCAACGGAACAUCCUUUUCUGCAGCCGUGGCUGCUCUUGCCGUCUAUGAUGCAGUCCAAAUGUCGCUAUUAGCCCUUACCUGCACUGCACUUACAGUUGAGGCCUUGCAUGGGGCAAGGGGAUCGUUUUCCCCUUUCAUUCAUGCUAUUGCUAGACCUCAUCCGGGCCAGGUGGAAGCGGCUCAAUAUAUAUUAUCUCUUCUGGAAGGCAGUGAAUUCGCGAAGAAUGAUGACUCCCAAGUUCGCCUGAAUGAAGAUCCUGGCAUUCUCCGUCAAGAUCGCUAUGCAAUGCGCACUUCCCCUCAAUAUCUAGGUCCCCAGUUAGAAGAUAUUUAUGCCGCCGUAAAGACUAUCGAUCUCGAGUGUAACGCGAGCAGUGACAAUCCUCUCAUCGAGGCUGAAACGCAAACUAUACAUCUCGGCGGAAAUUUCCAGGCUAUGGCAGUCACGAACGCUAUGGAGAAGACUCGUCUUGCUCUUGAUCACAUUGGGAAACUUGCCUUUGCACAGUCAAGCGAGAUCUUGAACCCCCAUAUCAAUAAGGGCCUACCUCCAUCUCUGGCCGCCACGGAUCCCUCUCUCAACUACCAUGCCAAGGGGUUAGACGUCGUUAUGGCCGCCUAUGUGACGGAACUCGGAUAUCUUGCAAACCCUGUAUCAACGCAUUCUCAAGCUGCCGAGAUGCAUAACGAAUCAGUGAAUUCCAUGGCUUUACUUUCCGCGCGCGCCACCGUAUCCUCUCUAGAAGUUCUCGCCAUGCUGAUCGCGUCGCACCUGUAUAUUCUCUGCCAAGCGCUCGACCUUCGCGCAAUGCAGUACGAUUUCCUCGUUGGCAUCGAAGACGCCGUGAAGACCGAAUUCACCAGCAAAUUCAAGCUGCAAAAUUCGGAUACUUUAGAUCUCUCAUCUUUGGUCAAUAGGGUCUUCAGAGACUCUUUCUAUUCUACCACCACGAUGGACUUGAAAGAUCAGAUGCAAGCCGUCGCAUCGUCUUGCAUACCAGUGAUUGUCAAGUUCUUCACAACCAAACCUUCGUCGUGUGACCAACCAACACUUUCUGAUAUUAUGGCAGCCACUGAUACAAUCGCUACACGCGGUAUCGCUCUCAUGGAUGAAUUGAGAGAUCAAUAUCUUACGGGCUUGAAGGGGCGUGCACCUGCCUGCUCGUAUCUUGGUCGCACCCACGAUAUCUAUCAGUUUAUCCGUCUUGAAUUGGGAGUUCCGAUGCAUGGUGAAGAGAACUUAAAGCGGUUUGGGAACGCCCCUUAUGCAAACACCAAGACUAUCGGACAUCACGUCUCUGUCAUCUAUAAGGCCGUCAUGGACGGGAAGAUGCACGAAGUUAUUACCGCGAUGAUAGGGAAGCGGGUCUCAUGAUAUGUAAAGACUCAAAUUCAAUAAUGGAUUCUUUUGAGCGCCGAACUGGUUUCCCGGUCAACGAGUCGAGGUGAAUUGACGUCGAAAGUAAAUUUGUCAUGACCGUCCAGUCUCACGGGAACCCGCAGUUAAAAUAUAUGUCAAGCAUCUGUAUCUGCAAUUCAUGUUUUAAUACGUCC